GCGGGGGCGGUGAGCGGCCGCUGGGUCAAAGCUGCUUCACGGGACAGCCUCGGAGACGUUGCCGGUGGCUCCGGGGUUCACAAUGUCCAGGGCCUGAAGGUGUCCGCAGAGGCUGCCUGAUGAAGGGCGAUGCGGGGAGCCAGCCGCGCAUGGAGAAGUCCAAGCAGGAGGGGCACAUCUGGGGCUCCAUGCGGAGGACGGCGUUCAUCCUGGGCUCUGGUCUUCUCUUGUCUGUGGCCUUCUGGAACUCUGUCACAUGGCAUCUUCAGAGAUUUUGGGGUGCUUCUGGCUACUUUUGGCAAGCCCAGUGGGAGAGGCUGCUGCUGAACUUUGAAGGGAAAGAGUGGAUCCUCUUCAUAACAGGCGCUGCCCUAGUGCCUGGGCUGUUUUUCUGGGCCUUCAACGGGCUUCUACUUGUGGUGGACACAACUGGAAAACCGGCCUUCAUCUCCCGCUACCGGAUUCAGCUGGGCAAGAAUGAGCCCGUGGACUCUGUGAAACUGCACCAGGCCAUCCGUACAGUUCUCUUCAACCAGUACCUGAUCUCACUCCCCAUCGUGGUCUUCCUCUACCCCUUCCUCAAGUGGCGGGGAGACCCCUGCCGCCGAGAGCUACCUACCUUCCACUGGUUCCUCCUAGAGCUGGCGAUUUUCACCCUGAUUGAGGAAGUCUUGUUCUACUAUUCGCACCGGCUCCUGCACCACCCAACACUCUACAGGAGAAUUCAUAAGAAACACCAUGAGUGGACAGCACCCAUCGGUGUGGUCUCUCUGUACGCCCACCCUGUGGAGCACGUGGCCUCCAACAUGCUGCCGGCAACAGUGGGCCCCUUGUUAAUGGGCUCCCAUUUGUCCUCCAUCACUGUGUGGUUUUCCUUGGCGCUCAUCAUCACCUCCAUCUCCCACUGUGGCUACCACCUGCCCUUCCUGCCCUCACCUGAGUUCCAUGACUACCACCAUCUCAAGUUCAACCAGUGCUACGGCGUGCUGGGGGUGCUGGACCACCUCCACGGGACUGAUACCCUGUUUAAGCAGACCAAGGCCUAUGAGAGACAUGUCCUCCUGCUGGGCUUCACCCCACUGUCUGAGAGCAUCCCCGACUCCGCUAAGAAGAUGGCGUGAGAGGGCCCUUGUACAUCAUGGCUGUCCCAAGAUUCUGAGGUGGCUGAGGCCUCACGAGUGCACCUGACAAUCUCCCCUCUUCAGCCAUAUGCUCUUGAUGGCACCAUUAGGCCAGAGAGAAGGCCAGCUUCCAGGAAAAGGAUGGCACCGGGGUUUUCCCCCAGCUGCUGUUGGGACCAGACUGGCUUGAGAGUGAAGAAAGCUCCCGAGGCUGCAGGUCCGCUAGGGAGGAGAAACCGCUGAGCGGGAUCCUGCCCUGCCCUCUCCACCCUCUGCUGGAGGCCCCGUGGCCAGGCCAGCUGCAGAGGACAGAGGUGGCAGUGGCACAAGGGGGUUCCUGGGCUCCAGGGAGAGUACCUUCUGGUCCCAGUUUGGGGAGUGAGGUAUCGCUUUGCUUCUUUGUCCCCAAGAGAUUUUCUUACCCCUUACCUGGCCAGAGCCAGGGCACGUUAGCCAGUAAUUAUAGGCCUCAGUUCUUAAUCAACCAGACCCCAGGCUCCACUUCCACACCAACACAGACACGGUCAAAGACAAAGGCCCAUUUCAACUCUGUCCCACUGCACACACAUACCCUCCUCUAAAAAGACAGACAAAAACCCAUAGGAGCUUCCCUGGGAUUAGAAGCCAUACCAGGGAGGCUCACAACAAACUCCAAUUCCGUCAGCCUGUACAGAAACCAAAGGUCAGAAGCUGAGAGCUACUCAGUGGGUUUCCUUCUGCUUGCAAAGGGAAAGGUCAGUGGCUGCCCUUCAGGGAUCCCUAAC